AUGGCCGAACGAACUAGAAUUUUUCGCGGUUGCCCUAUGAGAAACGCUGUCUCUCCGUUUAAUGUCCAUCAAGUGUUCUUGAACUUCCGGGGUGAAGAACUGCGGUACAACUUUGUCAGCCACCUCACCGAUGCCUUCGAGAGACAAGGGAUCAAGUUCUUCAUAGACAAAAACGAGCAGAGAGGCGAAGACCUAAAACAUAUCUUUGUGAGGAUCAAAGAGUCAAGGAUAGCGCUGGCCAUCUUCUCUCCCAGCUACGCGGAGUCAAAGUGGUGCAUGGAUGAGUUGGUGAUGAUGAAUAAUCUCGCGGAUCAUGGAAAGCUCCGAGUCAUACCAAUCUUCUACAAGGUGGACGCAGAUGAUGUUAGAAAACCUACACUUGACAGUGAGUUUGGUAGAAACUUCCAGAAGCUCGCAGAAGAUUUUAGUAAGCAUCAGGUCAAGAAAUGGAAGAAAGCCUUGAAGCGCAUAUGCGAUAAGAUGGGUUUGCCUCUAGAAGAAAAGAGCUCUGAAUCCGAUUUUGUCGACGAGAUUGUUAAGGGGGUUAAGAAACUUGAAGAUGCAAUUGGACUCGAGGAAGAAGAGAAACCAUUUUCGAGGGAAAAAAUAAAAAGAAAAGCGAGGAAUCUUAACAAGCGAUUAAGAAGGUAUAUAUAA